AUGGCCGCCGCCCGUCGCCAUAUUCACAGGUUAGUUACCUACAUCUUUGUCUAUGAAGACCUGAUAUCCUUGACCUGCGGUGCCAUCAUCAUCUGGUAUUUUGCUGGCAGCUUCGAGAAGAAUGUGGGCACCGUGAAGCACUGCUUCUUCACUGCUGCGUUUGCUGUCCUCACAGCUCUUCUGUACCUCUUGCUCGAGACUGUUGUCUCCAGGAUGGGAGAGGUGGAAGAUGCCAAAGGAUUCAUGCCAGUAGCAUUUGCUACACUGGGGGUGUCCACCACCCGCUCACGGAUGAAGAGGGCUCUGGUUUGGGGGUUUAGGAUCCCGGUGGUGCUGGUGCCGUGGUUUAUGCUCUGCAUGGCCUGGUUUAUCCCCCACUCUUCUCUCCUGAGUAACCUGUGUGGGCUCUUGGCUGGGGAAGCCUACGGUCUUGGAUACUGUUUCUGCUUGGAUAUUCCAGAGUCAAUGGCCUCCAAGUUGGAUCAGAUGUUUCCUUUUAGUCUGCUAAGAAGAAUACCAGGGCUAAGAUACAUUCCAGGGACCUUAGCGGAGAGAAGAGCCUCUGAAAGCAGCAAGAUUAACCCUGUGCCAGGCUCCUACCCCACCCAAAGCUACUACUGCUCUUCGCCUCCUGCUCCUCCUGCUUUCCAGAUGCAGCACCCCAGCAUCCAGUGCCAGGGAUUUCAGCCGGGCCGUGCUCCGGGAUGCAGCCACGCUCCAACACAGGAAGGGUCUCCCGGCAAUUGUGCUCCGGGAUACGGCCUUGCUUCUCCCCCCUACCAAACCCGAGGUGCCUUUGGAGGCCGCUGCAUCCAGCCCCACGUGGGAGCCUCUCCCGGGCAGUGCUGCCGGCCGGCUGAGCCCUCUGCCCACCGGCACCCGUGCCCGGCUGCUCCACGGAUCACGCUAAUCUGCGUGGAGAAGCUGGAAGGCGGCCGCUUGGUGAGUGCCCUCGCGGAUGUGCCGGGGCCGCCUGGCACGGAGGGUCCUGGUGCUCCAGGACUCGUGGCUGCUGCUGGGAUGGGCGCAGCGGGAUCCUUCCUGGAGGCAGGUUUGGCUUUAAAGCAGUCACCUGCUGUCCCCCCUGGCAAUGAGCUGGGCCCUUUGGACCUUGCUGCCCGCUGGCUAAGGCUUGGCUGGCUGCUCCGUCCGAAUGCUGCCCGUCUCCGGGAGUACCUGCGUGAGCAGCAUGGCAACUAG